UCCUCUCUACAAUACUCUCCCAAAUUUCACAAUUCGUUCUUUUCCCACAAAAAGAAAAAAAAAAAAAAGACCAAAAAAAACCAAAAAGAAGAUCCUUUUGGACCCAUUGGUUUUUCCAUAGACCAAUAUCUGUUCUUUGAUUUCCGGUUUGAAAUUUCUUCAAAAUUUUAAUUUGGAGGGUUUUACAUUUUUGAGGUUUCAGAAUCCGACAAGCAUCGCGUGAAUGAUCCUUUUGGGUUUGAUUUGUUUAUCAUUCUGAGUAUUGGGUUUCUCGAUUUGAUUGAAGCCAAGGUGUUUCAAGGGUUGGGUGGGUUUGAUUUCCAUGCAUUUAAUCUAAUUGGAAGAUGUAUAGCAAUUUUAAGGAGCAAGCUAUAGAGUAUGUUAAGCAGGCAGUUCAGGAAGAUAAUGCUGGCAAUUAUAGUAAGGCGUUUCCGCUUUAUAUGAAUGCCUUAGAGUACUUCAAGACGCAUUUGAAAUACGAGAAGAAUCCUAAGAUUAAGGAAGCUAUUACUCAGAAAUUCACUGAAUAUUUGAGGCGGGCAGAGGAGAUCAGGGCUGUUCUUGAUGAUGGGGGGACUGGUCCAGCCUCAAACGGGGGGAAUGCAUCAGUGGCUGCAAAACCGAAAACGAAGCCCAAGAAUGGAGAUGGGGGGGAUGGGGAUGAUGCGGAGCAAGCCAAGCUUAGGGCUGGGCUUAAUUCUGCUAUAAUCACUGAGAAGCCAAAUGUGCAGUGGAGUGAUGUGGCUGGGCUUGAGAGCGCCAAGCAGGCACUGCAAGAGGCUGUCAUAUUACCUGUUAAGUUCCCACAGUUCUUUACUGGGAAGAGACGGCCCUGGAGGGCUUUUCUAUUGUAUGGUCCACCUGGAACAGGAAAGUCAUACUUAGCCAAGGCUGUUGCAACAGAAGCAGACUCAACAUUCUUCAGUGUGUCUUCAUCUGAUCUAGUUUCAAAAUGGAUGGGUGAAAGUGAAAAGCUAGUCUCAAAUCUGUUUCAAAUGGCUCGUGAAAGUGCUCCUUCCAUCAUUUUCAUUGAUGAAAUUGAUUCCUUAUGUGGCCAACGAGGUGAAGGCAAUGAGAGCGAAGCCUCCCGACGUAUUAAAACAGAGCUUCUUGUUCAGAUGCAGGGUGUAGGGCACAAUGAUCAGAAAGUUCUUGUUCUUGCAGCCACAAACACUCCCUAUUCCCUGGAUCAGGCCAUCCGACGGCGAUUUGACAAGCGAAUCUACAUUCCUCUUCCAGAUUUGAAAGCAAGGCAGCACAUGUUUAAGGUUCAUCUGGGAGACACCCCUCAUAACUUGACUGAACAUGAUUUUGAACACCUGGCUUAUAGAACUGAUGGAUUCUCUGGUUCAGAUAUUUCUGUUUGUGUCAAUGAUGUACUAUUUGAACCUGUUCGGAAAACUAAGGAUGCUUCUUACUUUGUAAAAACUUCCAAUGGCAUCUGGGUCCCUUGUGGCCCUACUCAACGCGGAGCUGUUCAGGUUACUUUGCAGGAACUUGAAGCACAAGGCCUUGCUUCAAAGGAAAGGGAUUUCUAAAGAACUGCAAUUUCUAGCUUCAGCUAAUUGCUUGGGUUCUUUCAUCCUGAAAGGUGACUGAAUUUAUCCUUGUUGGUUACUGAUGACUUGGCAGAUCCUCCCUCCGCCCAUCUCAAGGACUGAUUUUGAAAAAGUACUAGCAAGACAGAGACCAACAGUGAGCAAAGCAGAUCUGGAGGUGCACAAUAGAUUCACAAAGGAGUUCGGGGAGGAGGGAUGAUGCCCCUUUUGGAUCUUAGUCACAGGACUCCUCAUUGAUUGAGCCCUUUGGCUGCCAUCUGGGUGGCAUUGUAAAUCCUGCCAGCCCUUCCAAGAGGGGGAAAAUACUUGUGUGUUAAUGUUAAUUUUUGCCUGUUUCAAAUCAGGUGGAUGUUGUAAAGUGGUGAUACUGAUUUCAGCAUGAUUAAUAAUGCCAACAACUUUGGCUUUUGUCAA